AUGUCGAAUUCCGGACGUACCAUAACUGAAUCAGUUACUCGUACUAGUGAGAGUACACCAUCGCCAACAUCUGCGAAACCUGUCCAGGUUAAAUUGGUUUUGCUUGGCGAAGCUGCCGUUGGCAAAUCUAGCUUGGUACUCAGAUUUGUUAAUAACGAAUUUAGCGAGAACAAGGAACCUACUAUUGGCGCUGCCUUUCUUACGCAGAAAUGCCGUCUUGAAGAUAAUAAAGUUAUUAAAUUUGAAAUCUGGGACACAGCUGGCCAAGAACGAUUUCAUUCGCUUGCUCCGAUGUAUUAUCGAAACGCUCAAGCGGCCGUCGUUGUGUAUGAUGUCACAAAAGCGGCUUCGCUCGACAAAGCCAAAUCUUGGGUAAAAGAACUUCAGCGUCAAGCUAAUCCCAACAUCGUGAUCGCUCUUGCUGGUAAUAAGAUAGACUUGGUCGAGCCCCAAGAUGAUUCCGAGGUACUUUCUAACAUUUUCCGAGAAGUGCCUACUGAAGAGGCAAGAGCUUAUGCUCUCGAGGCUGGAUUACUAUUUUUUGAGACGAGCGCUAAGAAAGGAGAGGGUGUGGUUAAUGUCUUUACGGAAAUUGCCAAGAAGAUUCCUGUUGAACACAUCAUGUCAGCUAAUCGAUCCGGUUCACGCCAAAAUAUACUCAAUCAAUCAAGCAGUCGAAUAGAUUUCCAACCAGGUGGAUUGAAUGGACCUAUCGAUAAUUGCAUCGAUUAA